AUGCCUCUAACUGAGAGGCCCAUCCCACCACAAGACCUUGCCAGUUCUUGCAUAGGGUAUUUGGUUUCAGAAGUUGAAGACCGUAAUCUGCGUCAUGUUCUAGUCUUUUGUCAAGUGGAAAAAAAGAAUGCUAUUUUAUUUGAGGAAGCAGCUAGUUCUGAAUUUUAUGGGAAACAAUUUCCUUCUGAAGAUGUGGCUUAUGAAAUGUUUAAUGAAUAUGCAUUUAGAAAGGGCUUUGGAAUUAGAAUUGGAAAAAGUAAGAGGCGAAGAGAUGGUUCAUUCUCUAUGAAAAUAUUUGUUUGUACAAAUGAGGGUUUUAAAGAUGAUAAGUGCAGGAAUAAUAGGCUGUAUGAGAGACUUAACAUAAGGACUGGUUGCUUAGCUUUUGUGCAGUUUAGUAUUGACCGUUCAGGUGUAUAUACAUGUACAAGACAUGAGAUGGUUCAUAAUCAUGAAAUGAUUCCUGUUGACAAGAGACAUUUAAUAAGGUCUCAAAGGGAUAUUUCUAAGGAACAUAUUAAUUUCAUUUCUACACUUAGAUUGAGUGGAGUUAAAGUUUCUGAUUCUUUGAGAGCUUUGAAAAAGGAGGUUGGAGGGUCUCCUAACCUUUGUUUUACAGCUCCUGAUGCUUAUAAUGCUAUUUCUGUUGAAAAGACAGCUAAACUUGGGGGAGGUGACAGCAAUCAACUAAUCAAAUUUUUUGCUAAGAGACAAAUUGAUGAAGCAAAUUUCUAUUAUGAUUUUGAACAAGAUGAAAAUGGUGCAUUGGUUAAUUUCUUUUGGAGAGAUGGAAGGAUGAUGAGAGAUUAUCAUUACUUUGGUGAUUUGUUAGUUUUUUAUACUACUUAUAGGACUAACAAAUAUGGUAUGAUUUGUGCUCCAUUUGUGGGUAUGAAUCAUCAUGCAAAUAACGUGAUGUUUGGCAUGGGAUUUAUACUUAAUGAAAGAACAGAAUCAUUUGAGUGGUUAUUUGAUACUUUUCUAACUUCUAUGGGAAGGAGAAGCCCUAUUACUAUUAUGACUGAUCAAGCUCAAGCAAUUGCAGCUGGGAUAAGAAAUAUUUUCCCCAAAGGUGUUCAUCAUAGAUUAUGUGUGUGGCAUAUUGAACAAAAUUCUAAGAAACACAUUGGGGCGUUGAGAGCUUUGGAUGGUUUCACUGAUUUGUUUGGUUAUUUACUGAAGUAUUGUGAAAAUCCACCAGAAUUUGAGCAUUAUUGGAAAAGAAUGUUGUUGAAAUAUGACUGUGCAAAUGUUGAUUGGUUGAAUGAUUUGUAUAAAAUCAAAGAGAUGUGGUGUCCAGCUUUUUCAAAGAAAUUUUGGUCAGGAGGUGUGCUUUCAUCUCAACGUAGUGAGACAACUAACAAAUCAGUUUCUCAAAGGCUUAACAAGACACAAGGUCUAUGUGAUUUCUAUCAAGUGUUUCACGAUGUGGUUCAAGAGUGGAGAAGCAAAGAAAAAGGGAGAGAUUAUAAUACAAUCAGAGGUAAUCGUCAUUUGGCCUUUGCAUACAUUGGGAUUCUUGUUCAUGCUAGAUCAUUGUAUAUUAUUCAAGCUUAUGUGCUUUUUGAGGAAGAGUUCAUUAAGGGUACUGCUUGUGAUCAUAAGGAUGUUGGUGUGAAUUUUCCUGAAUAUUAUUAUCAUUUGUGGAGACCUGGGAAAGAUAUGAUCAAGCACGAGGUUGUUUUUAAUAAAGAAACACAUACAAUAUGUUGUACAUGCAUGUUGUUUAGUGAAAUGGGUUUGCUUUGUUGUCAUGCUCUUCGAAUUUAUCAUAUGAAUUGUGUUCAUAAGAUUCCAGAUGACUAUAUAUGUAAGAGGUGGACUAAGGCUGCUAUGUGUAGUCAUGGCCUUGAUGAACCUACAAUGAAAACCAAUGUAGUAUCUACAAGUGUUUGGAGGACACAAACACUAAGGAAAUUUGUUAAGUUGGUAACAAGUUGUCAACACUCUUUGAAUGCUAGAGCAGAGGUUGAAUGUUAUUUCAAUCUUUUAAAAGAAAAUAUUGAGAGUGUUACUGGUACUAUUGAUUUUAAUGAACCGGUUGAAGGUAUUGAAAUUGUUGAUCAUGAAGUUAAGAAUCCGGCAAAAUCAAGACCUAUUGGAGAGAGGAAUUAUAGGCCUAAGAGUAAUUUAGAGAAGGCUUAUAACAAAGCCAGGGGUCAGUGGUUGAAGAAAAAGUCAGUAUACACUCCUUAUAAAAGAUCUAAAGGUCAAGCAGCAGUUCAGGAAUUGGACGAGAAUGGGUGUCCUAUAUCUUAUGCUAAUUCUUUGGCUGAUCCUAAUGAGUUAAUUGUGAUUGAAGAUCCAAGUGCUCAGGUUUGUAAUAAAAAGACUGCCAUUGUAGAAGAUAUCCCUUCAGAUGAUAGUGUUUCAAAUGACUUUGAACAGGAAUAUGGAUAUAGCUCUAUGCAAUCAAACGUUACUGUUGAUCCAGACAUAUCUUCUAUUGUUAAGGGUAAAACAGCUGCAAUUGCUCAUGAUGUUGAUAAUUUUCCAACAAGUUCUCAAUUGCCACCAAAGAAACCAAGAAAUGUACAAUUUCCCACAGUUGUGCAUGCUCAAAUCAAUGCUCAAGCUCCUUCUAAAGUUUCUAGCAUUGUUCAAAAUCCUCCAAAAGCUCCAAGAAAUGUUCAAGUUCGUUCUAGUGUUCCGAAGAAAGUUCAAGCUCCUUCUAAUGUUCCAAGAAGUACUCAAGGCUGUUUUCGGAAUGUUCAAGUUGAUUCUAGUAUUUCAAGAAAUGUGCAUGAUGUUCCUAAUGUUCCAAGAAGUACUCAAGGAAAUUCAAGGAAUGUGCAAGUUUCUCCUAGUGUUUCAAGGAAUGUUCUACUUUCUCCUAGUGUUUCAAUGAAUGUUCAAGGAUCUCCUACUGUUUCAAGAAGUACUCAAGGAGGUUCUCCACAGAUUUCAACCAAAUAUGAUAGGUUAUUAGCGUUUUUUGAUACUAGUGUGGCUAAGAGAUUGGCUACAAAUGGUAAAUAAGAGAGUAAAUCAAUAUCCAAUUAUGUUUUGGUGUUUAACUAUCAACGUUUUUAGUUAUCUCAACUUUAUAGAGAUUCAAGUGCUUUAAGUUUUUUAUAUUUUGAUUUAUUAAGUAAUUUGAAUCUUUUUUUUUUCAAACUAUUCUUAAAUGUUCUAUAAAUGAUUAUUUUUUCU